CCUCAGGCCAAAACAUUAUGGCAAGAGACCCAUUCCCAUUGCCAGGUAAGUACGCAAUGAUGCUUGACUAACCGUAGCAUCAGGAAUCCUAUAUAGACAGGUAAGUUCUAAGCUCGAGGUAUGACUAUUUAAUUCAAAGCAUUUCUUGUGCUUCAACGACGACAAGAACACCAAGGACAAUAAGAACUUAGUAGAUCAUCUUGUAAUACUCCACCUAUUCUUGUCUACUCUUAUCUACAAGUCCUCACGUGGCUUUCUCUCUCCCAAGAUGGCUCUGACUGAACACAACAACAUCUCCAUCGCACAGAUUAUUAUCUACGUGCCAUCGUUAUUCAUUGCCGUAUGGCUCUCAUACAAACACGGAUUCGGCCGUAGCGCCGGGUGGUUCUACCUGAUCAUCUUCUCACUCGCCCGCAUCCUCGGAGCAUCCUUCCAAUUAGCUACCAUCUCAGAUCCGAAAAACCUCAACCUUCAGGUCGGAGCGGCAAUUCUGCAAACCAUCGGUCUAUCGCCCUUAAUUAUGCUCCAACUUGGUCUACUCGGACGUGCCCUCGGAAGCAUACGAAAAUCGACCACGUCGUUUGUGACCGAGAAACGGUUGCGUCUCGUCCAAGUUAUCGCGCUCGUGGGUUUGAUCUUGGGUAUCGUCGGCGGUUCUUCGAGCUUUAGUGAUACGGGCGUCUACACCGUAGCCGAUACCUCACGGGCGGGCACGGGCCUCACAAUCGCGGCAUACGUCCUCCUGGUCCUUGCAACCGUCGCCGUCGCACUGCAACUAUCCCACAUAGAGCCUGGUGAGAAGCGGCUGGUUCUGGCCGUCGGCCUCUCGCUUCCCUUCAUCCUCGUCCGAUUAGCCUACUCUGGAGAAUCGGUGUUCGGCAACAACCCUGACUUCAGCCCCUUGACGGCGAACAUGAACAUCUACCUAGGUAUGGCUGUCAUCAUGGAGAUGAUCGUCAUUGUUAUCGUCGAGGCCAUCGGAAUGACCUUGCACAAACUCCCGGCCAACAAGAAUGUCCCGGUAGCAACUGGUUACCAGCAGCCGUGGCAGCAGAGCGAGGUGGACCGUGACCACGAGAUGGGUGGAUACAGGUGAAAUUGAAGGGCAUUUGUUCUGGGAUCAUUUGUUUUAAUGCAUUUAGCACUUGUUUAGGAGCGGGUAUUUUGAGCUAAAUAUAGACAUCCAUAUCAUGAACAUCUUUAUCUCCAUAA